AUGGCCCGCUGUUUUGUGUCUGCUUUGUCCAUGCUGUUUGGUGUACAUCUGUUUGGAUGCCUGAAUGUUUCUGUUAUUUCUGCUCAUGUUUCACUCUCGGUUCCGAUGGGGUUCCUGAAAAGCACUUUCUCACUGUUGAUCGGCACCGGCUGCGGCAUCUACAUUGCCCAGAACUACGAAGUCCCAAACAUAAAGAAGCUCAUGUGGACUCUGAUGGGCAAGGCCAAGGAGUUUGAAGAAUCGUACAAGAAGCAGGGCAACGGCAAGAACAAGGAUAAUGAAUAG